UUUUCAGUCGGAGCAGAAACGAGCUGAAGAGAAGAAGUGAAAGAAGAGAAAAGAAAAAGAGUCUGACAGGAAACAGAAGAGAAGAAGAAGAAGAAGAAGAAGAAGAAGAAGAGCAAGAGUUUGUGAUGUUGAGGUGCAAUUUAGCUCCUCCCACUGAUGACAACAGUGAUUAUAGCCCCGCCCACAGCUCCAUCAUGGCUGACAGGAAGCUCUCAGGUUUACCUGCCCCUUCCCUGUCUUCACCCUGUCAUCAGAAUGGCAGGAUUGGGGGGACGACAUCCAAAGGCUCCCCACCCCACACUAAUGGCUGUUUGGAGGCGGGACCAGGACGCCUCAGUACCAGUAACACCAGUGCUGUUUCCCAGUGUCCCCCCACACCCAGCAACAGGAUCUCAGCCUCCACCUUACCCCUCAGGCCCCUUGCAGGUCUUGUGACUCCUGUGUCAAGUCCUGGUGCUGAAGGUGGCUCCACUCGGCCCCGGGGUCAGAGCCUUGGCUCCGCCCUGAGUCCCAGGACCAGAACCAUGACCUCCAGAAAUAAGCGCAGGAGCAGCCAACAGGAGGAGCCAGAGGCCUUGUUGGACCUGAUCCUAGAGUGUCAGGGUCAGAGACUGGAGGACCAGAGAGCCAGCCUCAGUCUGUUACCUGACCCAGGUCCAGCUGCUCUGUGUGGGGCCUGCAGCCCCGACCAGACCUCCUUACCUGGUCUGGACUUUUACUACAUGCUCAUACACUACCAGUCUGACAGGAUGGAGGACCAGAGGUGUUCCCUCCCUGACCUGGAUGACGUGGUGGGUUCAGUUCCUGAGGGACAGGAGGACUUCUUCAGUCUGGUUCAGAGGGUUCAGUCCAGGAGGAUGGAUGAACAGAGAGCAUCACUGCUGCUAACACACUCCGAGGACGGCCACGAUCCACACAUCAACACACACACAGCAGGCUCCUCCCCCCAUCAUCAUCAUCAUCACUGAUGAAGAGCAGGGCCCACAGGAACUGCUCCUGUGUGUCAGACUGUGGAACCCAGUCUGGAUCUUUCAUCGGGACAUUUGAGAUUUGUUUUAGAUGUUUCAGUGAAUCAGUAAUCCAGACUGUGUCGUCAUGGAAACAACAAAGUGACAAUGACAAUGGUGAACGCACCCUGAAGGUCUGACCUGAGAACAGGACAGAGGGUUGUGACUGCAGUUUAAGGUUCCUGUAGAAUUUGUUUUAUGAGAGGUUCCUUGUGACUCAUGAUAUACCUGACACACCUGACCUUCAGCCUCCUGUCAGGGACACAUUGCUCGGUGCAGUGGAGGAAAAAGAAGAGGACGGUUAUCUGGAACGUUUGGACCGAAACAAGAUUUAAAAUAUUUCAAACAUCAUCUUUACUCCUGUUCUGAGGAAGGAAAUACACUCAACUUGUUUAUUACACCUCAGUGGGCCUAAUGAGUCCCUGAACGACUUCCUGAAUGAGUCCCUGAAUGAGUUCCCAAACAAGUUCCUGAACGAGUUCCCAAACAAGUUCCUGAAUGAGUCCCUGAAUGAGUUCCCAUACAAGUUCCUGAAUGAGUUCCCAAACUAGUUCCUAAAUGAGUUCCUUGAUGAGUUCCUUAAAGAGUUCUAGGAUGAGUUCCUCAACAAAUUCUGGAACAAGUCUCUAAAGCAUUUCUUGAAUGAAUUCUUGAGCAACUUCCCUGAUGAGUUUCUGAAUGAGUUCCCAAACAAGUUCCUGAAUGAGUUCCUGAAGUAGUUCCUAAAUGAGUUCCUUGAUGAGUUCCUUAAAGAGUUCUAGGAUGAGUUCCUCAACAAAUUCUGGAACAAGUCUCUGAAGCAGUUCUUGAAUGAAUUCUUGAGCAACUUCCCUGAUGAGUUUCUGAAUGAGUUCCCAAACAAGUUCCUGAAUGAGUUCCUGAAGUAGUUCCUAAAUGAGUUCCUUGAUGAGUUCCUUAAAGAGUUCUAGGAUGAGUUCCUCAACAAAUUCUGGAACAAGUCUCCGAAGCAGUUCCUGAAUAAGUUCUUUAACAACUUCCCUGAUGAGUUUCUGAAUGAGUUCCCAAACGAGUUCCAAAAUUAGUUCCUGGGCAAGAUCCCGAAGAUGUUCCAGAAGGAGCCCCUCAACAAAUUCUUGAACAAACUCCUGAGCAGGUCCCUUAAUAAAUUCCUGAAAAAAGUUCUUGAACGAGAUCCUGAAUAAGACAGCAGCACUUAAAAACUAAUAACAGCAAUAGGAUGUUUCAUUUUGGUGGUACAGAUCAGAGAGAACAGACAGACUGCAGAUUUGAUCUUUGUUUAAAAGCUUGAGUAUCAGAGUUCUGAUUCUCACAGUUCUGGGGCCUAGUUACAGAAAAUGAUCCUCACUGCUUGUUAUGUCCAAAGUUCUGAAGUACAGAAACACAACAUCCAGGUGGACGCGCUAAUUUUACACCCUUUAUGGGCGAGCUGCCCGUAAAGGGUCUAGAUCAGUCUGUUUUGGGUUUGACAUUCUCAUCGGCCUCCAUGCUGCUCUCUGCAGUUUACUAACCUGUUUUCAGGCCGUGUGUGACAUUGAAAGUGACACAGCAGAGAGCAGAGAAAAAUAAAACCAGAGCAUCAUACUGGUCUAGUGCACAGCUCUGCAGCAGACCAGUAUGACUCUCCACUGUCAGUGGGAGAGGAGUCUAUGUUAGCAGGUUUUCCAAUGUUUAAAAAACAAAACACCCAUACUCGCACUAGUUUUAAAUGAAAGGUGGUGAAUCUCAACAUCUGGGAGUUGGUGUUGUUCCCCUUCUUCAUCUUCACAGUCGUACAGACACAUUUUCAUCAGUUCCUUUAAUGUUAGGAUGUACGGAGUCUUUACCAUCCUGAUUUAAGAUUCCUAACCUGAGAAGCUCGUCGGUUCUGUAUGAGCUGAAUUCCUGUUCUGACCUAAGACAGUUUGUUUUUCUACAUGCAGUCAGGAAACAUGUUUCUGUGAUACCAACAAUCCAAAUGUCUUCCUGAACUGAGAAAUGAUUUCAGACUGAUGAAGUUUCUGUAACGACGCCAUCAGACCUCAUGAUGAGAUGAAGUGUGAUGAUUCCCGAGCGCGGCACUGCUGCUGCUCACCGCUCCCUCGGGAUGGGUCAAAUGCAGAGAACAAAUUUCACACACUCAGGUGUGUGACAAUCAGUGGAACUUUAAUCUUAAUCUAGGUGUCAUGUUUAAAACCACAGAGAAGUUGUCUCGACAGGCUGUAACUGCGUCUGACUGAUGUCAGCCGACUCCGCCCCUCCAGACUGCAGACGGAGGUUUCUGUUUCUCACAGAGAGGUUUUGCUUACUUCUUGUCGUCCGACUGUUUUCAGGACGUAAAAUGAAUUUUAUGUUUUUUCUUCAUGUGACGGACUGAACAGGCGUGUUCAGUGUCAGUGUUUUUUGUCUCCAGACGGCUUGCCGCUGUGUGAUGUCAUACGUAAAGAAGAUAUCCUGUGAUGAGACAUUGAUCUUCUUCUCUGAAAUUCCAUGACGACCAGUGAGGAUGUUUGUCUGUCCUGUAGCUAGUGUCUCUGUGUCUUUAGAGACGAUAACAUGUUACUGAUCCUACUGAUCUAUUAAACAUCAGAUUUGAUUCUGACCCACAGAUGAAGAACUGAACUGAAACACGACUUAUUUCUUAACCUGAAUAUUUCACAU